AUGUUAAGAGGAUCAAAUGCUGGUUAUGAUAGACAUAUUACUAUUUUCUCUCCAGAAGGCCGACUGUACCAAGUGGAAUACGCUUUCAAAUCAGUCAACUUAGCAGGUAUUACGUCUGUUGCAAUAAAAAGCAAAGAUUGUGCUGUUUUUAUUUCACAGAAAAAAAUUCCAGACAAACUUGUUGAUCCUGAAAGUGUUACGUAUAUUUUUCGUAUUACUGAAAAUAUUGGAUGCCUUGUAACAGGCCAAAUAUCUGAUGCACGUGCGUCUGUUAAUAGGGCUCGUAGUGAAGCAGCUGAUUUUAGAUAUAAAUAUGGAUAUGAGAUUCCGGUUGACGUUUUAGCAAAGCGUAUUGCAAAUAUUAAUCAAGUUUGUACUCAAAGAGCUGCAAUGCGACCACUUGGAAUUUCUUCAAUAUUUAUUGGAAUAGAUGAUGAAAAAGGACCUCAAGUAUUUAAAUGUGAUCUUGCUGGUUACUAUGCAGGAUAUAAAGCAACUGCAUCUGGUCCAAAAAAACAAGAAGCUAUUAAUUAUCUUGAAAAGAAAUUUAAGUCAAGCAAUUUUGAGGGGUCGUGGAAAGAUAUAGUUGAGUUGGCUAUUAAUACUCUAUCUUCAGUUUUAAAUAUAGACUUUAAAGCUACCGAAAUUGAAAUAGGAGUUGUUGGUGCUCCCCUUAAAGAAGGUGCACCUCCUUCAAAUAUUUUUAGAGUUUUGAGUGUAGAUGAAAUUGAUGAACGAUUGCAAUCUAUUGCUGAUAAAGAUUGA